AUGCGUGAACUUAAACUCCAUAGUCCAGCUGGUGUUGAACCAGCCGUAUUUACUUGGCCCAAUGUCGAGCGACAGAAAACGAAAACAGAUUCUGUUUUUAUUGGUGGCGAUGAAAUUGUUCGAACGAUUCGUUUAGUAUUCGAAGAUUAUCCCGUAUUAUAUCAACAAAAUCUUGGCCUUGAUAAUUGUGAUAUUCAUUCAUAUAGUAAAAUGAAAGAAUUAUGUGAUAAAUUCAAUAAAAUAAUUGAUACACAUGUAAAAUUAAAUCGUGGUACAGAAGCAUUUUCAGCACGACUUCAACAACGUCCGUCAGUCAAAUUAUUUCGUCAUAUUCUGGCUCAAGCUUAUAGUCGAGCAGUAACUGAUCCAGAUAAAUUACGCGAUUAUGAACCAUUUUCACCAUCGGUCUACGGUGAAACAUCACCAGAUUUAAUUGAUUCAAUUCUUCAAGUACUCAAUUUAACUGAAGAUCAAACAUUUAUUGAUCUUGGCUCUGGCGUUGGAAAUGUUGUUUUACAUGUCGCUGCAUUAGCUAAUUGUAAACAUGUGUAUGGUAUUGAACAUGAAGAAACUCCGGCAGCAUAUGCACGUGCAAUGGCUGAUGAAUUUCGUUUUUGGAUGCGUUGGUAUGGAAAACAUUAUUCGGAAUUUCAAUUAGAACAAGGAGACUUUUUAACACAUCCAAAACUUGACGAACGAAUUAAAGACGCUGAUGUUAUUUUUGCAAAUAAUUAUGUAUUUGGUUCAACAGUUAAUCAUGGAUUAAAAGUUAAAUUCAUGGCUAUGAAAGAUGGUGCCAAAAUUGUUUCGUCAAGAGAAUUUUGUUCUGAAACAUUUCGACUUAAUGAUCGAACAAAAAAUGAUUUAGGUGCUGUUAUGCAUGUUUCAAAACCAGAAGAUUUCCUAGGAAAAGUCAGCUGGUCAGACAAAUGUGUUCAAUAUUAUCUUCAUGUUAUUGAUCAUAGUAAAUUGGCACUAUUCUAUGAAAAAAUGCAUCAAAUUCAUACAAAAGGAUCAAAAACAAACCACACAAAACAGAAUGAUGAUAAUCAUUUAUUACCUAUAACAAAACAUCAACCAACUAAAAUUUCAAAAAUCGAUGAAAAUCAUCCACCGAAUCAACACUUAAAAACAUCUAAACGUAAACGUAGAAUAAAAUCUCCGAUUCCAACAUUACCAUCUAAUGUUUCAACACUCAUUAGUGCACGUGGUCGUAAAAUUCAUAUAAAACGUCAAUCCGAUAAUGAAUCUAACUUUGAUUCUGACGCAUUCGAUGAUGAUGAUGACGAUGAUGAAUAUUUCAAUUCUAAACAUCGUUGUUCUUCAUCAUCGAAAAAUUAUCAAUCAACAUUAAAUGAAUUACAUACAGCAUCAGAAAAUUUCUUUCAAUUAGAUCAAAACAUUCAAAUCAAAAAUAAAAAUUUUAAUUAUGAAACAAUGACAAAUUUAUCCAAUGACAAUCUUCAUAUAAAUCAUUUUCGUGAUUGUUUAUUAGAACAUGAUGAUAAACAAUUUUUAACUUCAAUUAAUUCAUAUUUAGAACAAUUUCGUCAACGUCUUAUGUCGUAUUUUACUUACAUGAAAUCGGAUAUAUAUCGUGAACAUUUAAGAAAACAAUUAGACAAUGAAAUGGAAAUAAAUAAAACACUAAAACUUAAAGUUACUUAUCUAGAAAAUAAUAUCAAAGCUCUAUUGGAAGACGCAAUUACAUUACUUAAAUUGCGAACAAAUGAAUUAGGUAUUGAAGAAUUAGAACGACCUGCACAAUUAAUAACCUAUGCAAAUGAUAUAUCCAAUAAACAUAAAGAAUUACGUUCGAAAGUUGCAACACUUGAAAAAGAAAUAGCUGAAUAUAAUUAUGAAAAUGAUAAGAUUAGUUUAGUUUUAAAUAAUAUUCUAACCGAUGGACAUCAAUCAACGACAACAGCAACAGCAACGGAACAAUUAUUGAACGAGAAUAUCUAUUCAACAUUAUUAGUUAAUAUGAGUCGACAAACUCAACAGCAAUUGAAUCAUAUUGAAUAUUCAAAUAGUUCAUCAAUGAAAACAAAUCAAGUUUCACGUUUACCAAUUAGUCCAAAUACUUUAGUAGAUCAUGAUUUUGAUUUAAAUUUAAAAUCUAAUCAAAGUUCUACAUCAACGUAUAACAUUGCUAAAUCAGAACGAAAAACAGAUUUUAUUAUUCAAAAACGACCAAAGAAAAUUCUAAAUCCAAUUUCUGAUAGUUACCCAAUUGACACAUCAAUGAAAAAUAUUCAAGUUGCCGAAAAACAUCAUGAAACGCUACAAUCUGUACCACCGCCGCCGUUACGAUCAUUGAAUGUUUCAACUGUGACAAAGAAUCUUCUAUCAACUAAACAAAUCGAACCAGUACAAGUUCAUUCAGUUGUUUCGAACGUUGGACAUAUAACAAAACAAGACAAAUCUUCACAACAAGCUACAUCAUCCUCGAAUAAGUCAGAUGACAAUAGUCAAGAAACGAAUGUGAAUUGUCCACGUAAAAAACGUGAUUUUUAUGGAAAAUCAUCUGGUGGUAUACCAACUUUAUCACCAUCGCACAACAGAACUUCUCGUCGUAUGAAUAAAAUAGAUCCAUUACCAGCACAUAAAAAUCGUCCAUCAUCAACUCCAGCUUGCACAGAAGUAUUACCAACAACUAUUUUGCCUGAUCGACCUAUUUCGAUUCCUCCACUAAAAACAUCAUCCUAUAUUUAA